GUUAAAAACAGACUUUGUUUAUCCAGCGACUGUUUGUUCAAAUGCUCUCAGACUAAUUCACCUGCCCUCCUGCAAACCACCUCUGUUUCCUCGCCUCACUCUCUGCAGCUCCAAACGCACAGAAGAAGACAAACCUGCAUUUCUGUCACUGGACAUUUUGCAAAUUCAAUUUCUUCUUUUUUUCCCCCUUUUUUUUUUGUUCUCCUCAGCUGAGACCGAGCUGCAAGAAGAAACGGGAGAGAGAGAGAGAGAGAGAACCGUGAGGGAUCUUCUUCUUGUAACCGAGCACUUGGAGCGGAGAGAACCAUGGCGACCGAAGUGGAUACGUGGCCCGCCGCUCCACAAGCCGACGGGAUGUUCUCUUUCGACGAAAAUCUAGCAGAGGCCAACCAUCCCAACGACGACGACGAUGAUGAUGUGCUGAAUGAGGCAGAGCUGAACGGCAACUGGACGCCCCAGGAGAAGGCGCUGCACGAGGCGCGGCUCAAAGCCAAAGCCAAGCGUCGCCUGCGCAAGUCCUCGUCCCGCAACUCCACCAGCGAGUCCUUCUCCGAGUCGGGAGAUGUGGCAGGAGGCGACCCAAACAGUCCAAAAGGCAAAGUCAACACCAACGACCGCAAAUCCAGGACGGGCAAGGGCAGGGGCCUGCCAAAAAAAGGUGGGGCAGGUGGUAAAGGAGUGUGGGGGGCUGCUGGGAUGGUUUAUGAAGACGAGGAGCCUGAUGUGCGGGACCCCAACUAUGAUGAGUUUGCCCAGGGAGACACGGUUUAUGCAAAGGUCGUGCCAGAAGUCGAUGAGAGGGAGCUGGAGAAAAUGGUCAACCCGAUUGUGCAGGAGUAUUUUGAACAUGGAGACACAAAAGAAGUGCAGAUGUUGCUGAAGGGCCUCAACCUGGGCCACCAUAAGUACGAGUUCUCCUCCCUGGCUGUGUCCCUGUCCCUCGAGGGCAAGGCGAGCCACAGAGAGCUGACCUCCCGCCUGCUCUCAGAUCUGUCGGGCAAGAUGCUGUCACAGAGCGAAAUGGCCAGAGCCUUCGACAAGACACUGAAAGAGCUGCCAGACCUCAUGCUGGACACACCGGAGGCUCCGCAGAUGCUGGGCCAGUUCAUAGCCAGAGCCAUCGCGGACCACGUCCUCCCCAUGUCUUUUCUGGAUUUUUACAAGGGCAAAGUGGACUGUGAUCAUGCCAGAGUGGCUUUAGACCGUGCCGCUGUGCUGCUGACCAUGAAGAGGGAGAUGGUUCGUUUAGAUAACGUGUGGGGUGUGGGCGGAGGCCUGAGACCUGUCAAACAUCUCGUCAAAGAGAUGAACCUUCUGCUCAAAGAGUAUCUGAUAUCAGGAGAUGUGAAGGAGGCAGAUCACUGUCUGAGAGACCUGGAAGUCCCUCACUUCCACCAUGAGCUGGUCUAUGAGGCUGUAGUGAUGGUGCUGGAGUCGAAGGGGGACACUGCCAGUCAUAUGAUGAUUAAGCUGCUUCAGUCCUUCUGGAAAACAGGCCUGAUCACUGUGGAUCAGAUGAACAGGGGUUUCCAACGUGUUUACGAUGAACUCCCUGAAAUCAACCUAGAUGUGCCACAUGCCCACUCCAUCAUGGAGACCUUUGUGGACCUCUGCUACCAGGAGUCUGUCAUCACCAAACAGCUGAGGGAUGCUUGUCCUUCCAGAGGGCGAAAGCGUUUUGUAAGCGAAGGCGAUGGAGGAGUGAUCAAGACCUAAUGCAGGAAGAGGAAGAGCAGCAGGAGGAGGAAGAGGAGGAGGAAGAAGAGGAAGAGGAGGAGUCGCUACAGGUUCUUUACACCUUGAUUCUGCCCCAGCAUGUCUCUCUGACAUCAGGCGCACUGGCCGGUCUAAAGUUUCCUUGUUCCUCUCCUGAUAAUGUUGUCAUUACACAAACCAGCGUUGACGUUCGGUGAAAGUAGACUGAAGAGUGCCGUGGCCGUUCAGUUCCCUUCAUCUUGUUAAUCACUGUUUUUGACAUUUUUGUAAGAAUAUUCUUUGUUUCUGGGGGUUGAUGCGCCCCUGUUGCCUUAGUCUUUGUACCUGUUUGUCAGGAAAUAAUUCAAGUCAGAGCUGCAGAGGACAGACAGACAGACAGACAGACAGACAGACAAAAACAGACAGACAGACAGACAGGCGGCUGGACAGGAUGGGUUUUGUGGGAGAUGAGUUAGGAUGGAUUGUCUCUUGCUCUGCUUCACCUGUUGCUGCCCUGUUUUUUUCAUGUUAUGUGCUAUAAAUGGAAAAAAGCACUUAAAAGACAGCAUACUGUACAGUCAGUGAGCACUUAGUAAUUUAGCUCAACAGCAAGGAUCUAAAGCUUUUUAUUUUCUACCACAAAUGAUUUGAAAUGAUUAGGAACACCUACUGGUUCCAGUGCUUCUAUCCAUCCCUCAUUAACAGAGUUUUUUGUUAUCUUUUUUUUUCCUCUAAGUCAAAAUCUUCACUUUGUACAGCACAGCUAUGACCACAAGAGGUGUUUGGGCACUGUUUGGGUGUUAAAUUGCAUUAGGGCAAAUAUACUUGUGAAGCUCUUAAUGAAAAUAAGAAUAAAGUGGGGUGUAAUAUGUGUAAAGAUAAUUGAACAGGCAAUAUUUUGAGCAUUCUUGACUUUGCUUGCAAUUGAUCAGCAGUCACAUGGACAGCGAUGGAUUCUGGACAGGUAACCUCACAAUAUGAAGCCAAACUUGCUCUGGAGAGCAGAAAUAAUCCGGAUCGUUAUUAAACUUUGAUUUUGUUUAACACAUCUGAGAAGGCAGCCCUGUUCGGUAUAUUCAGAUUGUUUACUGCCACUGUCUGUAAAAGUUUUACAUGUUGACCAAAGUUAAAAACAAAUGUGGAUAAGAAAUAUAUUUCAUUCAUUAAAAAAGGCAUCAAAA